CAGCGCAGUACUAGAGAAUACAUCCUAGUUCCCCUUACCACCACCACCACACGCGCACACACACGUCCUCCUGUAGAUACACACCGUCUGGGUUCAUUUCUGAUCAUCUGCUCAUUGGACCUUGAUGCAUCCGCGGACACUGUAGCGGUCCCUGCAGAUCGUUAUUGCUUUAAUUUCCCUCCUUCCCGCAUCCAAACCAGCGCUACAAGAUGGCUGAGCUGAAUUUAGGGAAGGGACUAACCGCGGGGAAAGUGGCCAGUAACGUCCAGAAGAAGCUGACCAGAGCUCAGGAAAAGGUUCUACAGAAGCUGGGCAAAGCCGACGAGACCAAAGAUGUAGCCUUUGAGGAAGGAGUCAUCAACUUCAACAAACAAUAUACUGAAGGCAGCAAACUCCAAAGGGAUCUACGGGCAUACCUGGAGGCAGUCAAAGCAAUGCACGAGUCCUCCAAGAACCUGCAGGCGUGUCUCGUCGACAUGUAUGAGCAAGACUGGGAUGGAAAGAAUGAGGUGGAUUCCAUCGCAGAGGACUGUGACGUGCUUUGGACCGAUUAUCACCAGAAGUUGGUUGAUCACGCUCUGAUCUCCAUGGAUACUUACCUGGGCCAGUUCCCUGAUAUAAAGGCUCGCAUUGCUAAAAGAGACAGGAAGCUGGUGGAUUAUGACAGUGCCAGACACAACUAUGCUACAACACACAAGACCAAGAAAAAGGACGGGGGCAUUAAAAUUACCAAGCCUUCCAGCUUGCUGGAAAGAGCCACACCGGGGUGGGCUCAGGGAAUCCUGUCUGCACACAAUGUUGCUCAGAGCAGUCUCUCCAGGAGCCAGGCGGAGGAAGAGUUGGAAAGAGCCCAAAAGGUGUUUGAGGAGAUUAAUCUCGACUUGCAAGAGGAGUUACCUUCUCUCUGGAACAGCCGUGUUGGGUUUUACGUCAGCACCUUCCAGAGCUUGGCGGGCUUCGAGGAGAAGUUUCAUAAAGAAAUGAGUCGGCUGGAUUCAGAUUUGUAUGAUGUGUUGGUAAAAUUGGAGACAACAGACACAACCAGCAAAGCAGGUAACCGCAACGCCACAACACCGGCAGCAAGCACGAGUGGGAAAGAAGCAACUAACCACACCCUCAGACCAGGAGGACCACCUCCAAUCCCCAAAUCACCAUCCAAGUUGAAACCAGCAGUGCCUCCUCCACCAAAGGUGACCCCAUCCAAGGAAUUAAAAACAGAGAACAUCAUCAGCCUGUUUGAUGCUGCAGCAACUCCUGAUAUUAGUGUCACCUCACCUGAAGAGUUUGACAGUCAUGCAGUCAGCAGCCUUUUGGACAUGGACCUGGACUCAUUCAGUGAAGCAACCAAAGCCCCCACAGUCGUUCAGCCUGCAAACUGGGACUCAUGGCAUGAGGACAAUGAAGCCCCGCAAGAAGAAACCAAGAUGCACUAUGAUCCUGUUGCUGCUGCUGCUGAGGCCUGGGGGGAUGAUGGUACCCAGACAAUCCACUAUGACCCAAUAGCAGCUGCUACGGAGGCCUGGGAAGAUGAGGAACCAGAACCAGUCCAGGAUGACCCUGUGGUUGCUACCGAGGAGGAGUGGGGGGACAACGCCACCCAAGAGGCCAGCUACGAGCCUGAGACCCAAGAAGCGUGGAAUGAUGACAGAGACCAGCCAGUGACAGAGGAGCUCAUCACAGAUGAAACACAAGCUGAAGACGCUAACGCAGCUGAGGAGGAAACCCCCCCAGCUGCUGCUGCUGCUGCUGUGAUGGAUAAUGAAGAGGGUCAGGGUGAGGCGUCAACUGCUGCUGCUGCACCGGCAGCAGAUGAAACUGUGACAGAGGAGACACCUGCAGCAGCUGCAGAAUCAACAGAGGUGCCUGCAGAAUCUCCAGAAAUGCCUCCUGGCUUUCUCUUCAAGGUCCAGGUGAUGCACGAUUAUGCAGCUAACGAUACAGAUGAACUUGAGAUGAAGGCUGGUGAAGUGGUCCUAGUGGUCCUGUUUGACAACCCCGAGGAACAAGAUGACGGCUGGCUCAUGGGAAUGAAAGAAGACGACUGGAAGCAAAACAAAGAAAAUGCAGCUAAAGGAGUAUUUCCUGAAAAUUUCACCCAGAGGCUGUGAAAGAGGAAACCUUCCUGUUAUUUCUGUAGUUUUUCUUGCCUCCGUCCUUCUCCUCUUGUGCCCUGAUACUGUAUGUUAUACUAGGACUUUGGCCAUACGAGCAGAGCCAUCACAGCUCUGAGCGAAACCAUGCAUUUUUAAGGUCUGCCACACCGUGGAUCUUGGCAUUUGUAUCAAUUUCUGCAAACUUUUGUGAAUGACAGAUGUAGCCAUUUCACUGUUCCUGAUGCUCGGCAGAAAAUGUUUCUACUCAGCUCCUGAGGGUAUCGUCAUAUGAUCAUACAAGAAUAUUAACAAGGACGGUUAAUGGCCACAACUGGCAAAAUAUUGCACCAAUCUGUCUCAACUGAAAAAAAGAGAAAGUGAGAGCCAUUUAUAAAUAUUAUUCUAGUGUAGCCGAGAACCCUAACAUUUAGAGAGAAUGAACACUUCUAGAAAGAAAAAAAAACUAGAAACUGCAAAAUUAAUUGAGUAGAUGACACAAGUGCUAAAGUCAAGCUAAGUAAAAACAAAAAUAUUAAUUUGUUUCAAUUUUUACAAAAAAAAAACCUCUUAAAGCAUGUUUAAACUAUUACAUACAAUAGUUUAAAUUUCACCUCAGUAAAAAUGCAAAAAAGUAGUAAAAACUAUUUAAGCUUCACUGGACAAGCAGCACUUUAAGAAAUUUGUGGUUGUAUUAGACAGAUGAUUUUAAACAUUCAGUCCAUUCUCUAUCCAUGUUCCUUUGUGUUCUCUUGUAAAGAAGAUAGGGUUUUUUGGUAUGCGAUCGAGAAAGUUGUACAAUGCUGUUUAUAUAAAUGAUACAAUUACCCCAAAAACAGUAGUUCCAAAAGGAAGGCUAAAAAUGACUUCAUUUUCUUGGGUCCAAAGAUGUGGUUUGUUUACAUCUACUUGUCAACAUGGUAUGUUUUACAUUGCAAACAAUUUUAAAGUUUUUCAAGUUUAAAAAAGGUGAAUAUGGCUUCAGUCAAUUAAAAAACAACAAUAAGAAAAUGUUAUUUUUAUUGCUAAGAUUGUAGGGUAUUGCUUGGAGCCCCAUCUAACUUAGUAGUAAUUUUGAGUCAUUGACACUAACUGCGUAAAAACUAAAUAUUAGACUAAAGUUUAAAUAAAUAAUUACUUUAGCUGAGAAAUUCUCAAAAAAAAGAUACUUUCCUUGACUAAAAAAAAUAUUACAGCUGUCAUUAAAUAAGUGAAUGCAGCCAUAAUAAUAAAAAAACUGACAAAAGUAAAAAGUCACCAUAAUUGUUUUAAAUUCAUGUUUUACCACUACAUUGUGAGCAGGCUGAUAGAAAAACAUGAUUGCUUUAAUAGACCGAGCUGUCUCAGAAAACAGCAAAAUCAAAAACUUGGGCACAGAGAUAUAAAAUAUAUAUAUUUAAGUUGAUUUUUAAUUCUUUGAAGUUGCAAUGAAUUUCAGAUAUGCAUCAUCAUGACCAGCUUAAAUGCUAGUCAACAUAAUUUCAAAGAAGCUGCUACUGGUAGUAAUAUAGUCAACAGUAAUCAAAUGUUUAACUGAGCCAGCCUCAAUCAUUAAAAAAAAUAUUUAAAAAAAAAAGUGCCGAAAACAUUUCCCUCUGUUUGCAUAGAGACUACUAAACUCAAAUGCAAAUAAUUCAAAAUAUAUGCACCAGAGCAACUUCUUUUAUUUUUGUAUGCUGCCAAGCAAUGAUUACAUAUUAUCUAAUAUACCUAUAUCAACAUAAUUGCCAACUGAGGAUGUUAUGGAGUAUUUUGUACUUCUGUAAGGUUUCUUGCUCUCGAUGUAGCUGUGUAGGUAGUUACAAUAACCCAGUCAAACAUCCAGUCACUGACUGAAAGAAGUUUCAUGAUUCUCAUUUCAUUGAUGUGUAAUAAGUGUGCAAGAAAAAAUGUGUGCGAAUGAAUUUGUGUAUACAAGUUGUUUGAGAAAAAUCUUUAUCUAUAGACUAUUGUUAUUGGACGGUACCAUCGCCUCCCCCAAUGCAGGGGUGGGGGAAAUGGUUGUUGGUUUUGCAGAAAGUCUUUCUGAAGCAACUCCAGCACAUAGGAUCUUCUUCCACUGGCUGGUAUUAUGGUUCCAGGUGUUAUUGUGCAUUUUGUUGUGUAUAGGUGUAAUUUUUGCCAAGCUGUGAUGGCAGACACAUAUUCUAAGAAGACAUUCAUAUCUGUAUGUGAGUUACUGUGAGCAUGCUGACUUCCCAUGUGUUGUUGUGUGAACACCCUUACCUGAAGACAGUGAUACUUGGAUCACUUUUGAGGCAGUUGGACCAAGCAACUUUUAGUUUUUAUGACUUUUCUUUUUGCCUUUUUCUUUACUCUUUGUAAGAGGGAUGCUAUGGGCACUUACACUGUUUGAUGUACCACUACUGUCUCUAAAAUAUGAUUGCUGAUUUUUCAUCUGCCUUGCCUCAAAAUAUUGCUGGGUAUCGUGGUCCCAACAGACUUAAAUUAGCAGGAGGCAGACUCAUGGAGAUACGUCUAAAGCCACCAGAUUCAGGUAAAAAGGUUUUCUUAUGGUUUUCAGUAUCUUUCUGGCAUGCAUUUUUAAUCACCAUAUGUAUUAAAAACUGCAAACUUAAACACAUCAAUCAUAGGUAGUUCUGUUUUGAUAUUUUGUACAAAAAAAACCUAAGUGUUUUACCUGGGUCUGGUUGUUUUUCAAUCUUUAUGGAUCAGUCUCCUGCAGUGAGGUGUUACAUCUGACAAAAGCAAGUUUUUCCUGUACCCAACUGACCAAUAAUAAGAAUAAAAAAAUAAUUAAAAAAGAA